CAGUCUCUCGUCGUUGUCGUCUCUUUGCGUAUCUCAAUCUCACCAGAAGUUCGUGUUUGCCUUAACCCUAACUAGAAGGUCGCACACAUAGUGAUGGAUAAAAAGUGGACUACACUUCAUAGACUUAAUUCAGAGUAUCGGAAAUGUGUAAAAUCUUUUUUAGAUUUUGCCUUCACCAAAGGAGAACCUCAAGGCCGCACAAUUUUAUGUCCUUGUGCCAAGUGUAGAAAUUGUCGUUGGAGAAGAAGAAAAGUGGUCCGCAAUCACCUAAUAGAAUUCAGUUUUGUACAAGGCUACGACGUUUGGGUAAACCACGGAGAGCAAAUAUCAUUGCCUAAGGAAAUGGAUGAUCAUAUGGAAGAUCAAGAAGACUCAUGUGAUGACAUCAACGACUUACUUUAUGACACAUUUAGGCACGCCGAAAAAGUAGAAAAAGGAAACAAGGGACCUAAUGAGGAUGCUAAGAAGUUUUAUAAUUUAAUUAAUGAGGCGAAGCAAGAGUUGUAUCUGAGAUGUGAAAACUUCACUACUUUAUCAUUUAUAAUUCGAAUUUACUUGUUAAAGUGUUUUCAUGGGCGGAGCAAUGUAUCAUUCAAUGCUCUUUUGGAGUUAUUGAAAGAAGCCAUGCCUAAUCUGAACAUUCCUGAAUCUUUUAACAAAACAAAAGCCAUAAUCAAGGAUUUAGGCCUUGAUUAAAAAAAAAAAUCAUGAUUGUCCAAAUGAUUGUAUGUUGUAUUGGAAAUAGCAUGAAAAUGACGAUACCUACAA